AUGUAUUUGCCAACGCCAAGUUUGUUGAGCUCAUAAAGCAUCGCUUUAAUUUGAAUGAAAUUAUCUCAUUUUGUUUACAAACGAAGGAUUUUUAAGAGUUACAAGACCUCGACGAUGCUUGCCAGCAUAUUCCUUUAUCUUGGAAUUGGUGCUUUCAUUAGCAGAGCUUCUGAUACAGCAAAUGUUUGGCAGAAAUCAAGGAUCUUACUUAUUGCAGACCUUGGCUCUUCGAUGAUUGAUGCUGAAAAGUUGCAAACAUCUUUCCUAGGAGCAGAUCAAGCCAAUUUAGGGAAUGAAUUUGUUAUCCUUCAACGAGCACGAGAUGGCGGCUUUGAAUCUCACGGCUCAUUUCAGACAUUGGCUAGUGUACAAGAUCGGAAAUACAUUUCCAUUAGAAAAGAAAACUUUCUUCCAUGGCUGUUAGAGAAGAAGCCAAAUUUUUUGAUAUGUGUGGCGGUCACUACAGAGGUUCCACAGAUAUUGACUGUAGCACAGAACAGAGGUUUGUUACCCUUGGAAACCAAACUAAUAAUAAGGAUGGUCAAAGAAAGUGGCAAGGCAGCUGAUGAAAAGAAUGUGAUUUCAAUGAAAACACCCAGACCUAAGGACCUCAAUUUCACAGGAAACAAUGGAAAUCGUCUAGAGUCAAGAGAAAUCACUUUCUCUUCUGGAAGAAAAAUUGAAAACAUCAUUCUAGAAGCGUUUCGGGAAGAAUACAACCGCGUUCAUAGUAGACAGAGAAGGGCAGCUAUAGGAAACUCGGCAUCUUUAAACUCAAGAAAGUCAAUAGCAAGUGCAGCACCUCCAACCUCAGUUCCCGCAGUUUCCCUCAGCGUAACUUCUUCAGCUAUUCCAGCUCCUUCAAGCUCAGGCCCUACAGUUAGUGCAGCAGUUCCAAGUUCAAGCUUAGUAGUUAAUGCUUCACCUUCAAGCCGAAGUCCUGUCGUCAAUCCGGCAGCCUCAAGCUCCAGUACUGUUGGCAGUGAAGCACUUGCAAAGUCAAGUGCUGUUGUGAGUACGUCGACUUUAAGCUCGACCCCAGUUACUGGUGAAGUGUCUUCAAGCUCAACUGCUCUGGUUAGAACGGUGCUAUCAAGCUCAAGCCCUAUGACUAGUACGGUGCCUUUAGGCUCAUCCCCAGUGGCUAGUACGUUGCUUUCAAUGUCAGCCCCUACAAUACGUGUGGUGCUUUCAAGCUCAACCCCUGUAGCUAGUGCAGUGCUUUCAAGUUCAAGACCUGCAGUGGGCAGUUCACACCCGAGCCCAAGUCGUGUAGUUAGUGCGGUAUCUUCAAGCUCAAGUCAAGUAGUUACUCCAGCAUCUCCAAGCGCAAGUCCAGCAGUUAGUUCGGCGCCUUCAAGCUUGAGUCCUGCUGUUAGUAUGGCACCUUCAAGUCCAGGAGUUGCUACUGUAUCUUCAAGCUCAAGUCCUGCAGUUAAUGUGAUGCCUUCCAGCUCAACUUCAGCAGUUACUCCAGUCCAUUCAAGCCCAAGCUCUGUAAUUAAUAUGGCAUCUUCAAGCUCAAGUCCAGCAGUUUUUCCAGCAUCUUUAAGCUCAAGUCCUGUAGUUAGUGAUGUGCCUUCAAGUUCAAGUACUGUAGUUAGUGCAGUGCCUUCGAGCUCAAGUCCUGUGGUUAGUGCAGUGCCUUCAAGCUUAAGUCCUGUGGUUAGUGCAGUGCCUUCAAGCUCAAUUCCUUUAGUUAGUGCGACGCCCUCAAGCUCAAGUGGUAUGGUUAUCCCAGCAUCUUCAAGCUCAAGUUUCUCAGUUAUUCCAGCACCUUCGAGCUCAAGUCCCAUAGAUAGUGUAGCGUCUUCAAGCUUCAGAUCUAUAGCGUCACCUGUACCUUCUAGUUCACGUCUUGCAGUUAGCACAGCUCCUUCAAGCUCAAGUCCUGUGGUUGGAGCAGCGUCUUCAAGGUCUAGGUCUUUAGCUUUACCUGCAUCUUCGAGUUCAAGUCGUGCUUUUAGUGCAGCUCCUUCAAGUCCUGUAGUUAUUCCGAGCUCAAGCCGUUUUUUCACACAAGUACAAUCAAGCUCAAGCAUUGUGGUACCUUCAAGCUCACGCUCUACAGUUACGGCAGCACUUUCAAGCACAAGUCCUGUUGUAAGUGCAGCACUUUCAAGUUCACGCCGUACAGCUAUAGCUACACUUUCAAGUACAAGUUCUGUUGCUAGUGCAGCACUUUCAAGUUCACGCCGUACAGCUACUACUUUACUUUCAAACACAAGUCCUAUUGUUAGUACAGCACUUUCAAGCUCGAGUUCUGUUGUUAGUGCAGCACUUUCAAGUACAAGUCCUUUUGUCAGUGAGGCACUUUCAAGCUCGAAUCCUGUUGUUAGUGGUGUACCUUCCGUAUCAGUCUCGGCAACUCCCACAGCCUCUUUAACUUCAGGUGCUGCAGGUAGUAGUACAACUUCGAGCUCAAGUCUUAAAGUUACCCCAACAUCGUCGCGUUCAAUGCUCGCAGGUAGUCCAACUGUUUCAGCGUCGAUCUCUGAAAUUGGACCAGUAAACACAAUGACAAACUCUUUGGUUAGUUCAACGACAUCAAAUACUGUGGCUUCAAAAUCGAUCGUUAUCUCAUCAGCGACCACCGCGAGAAAACCAACUCCUUCAUCUUCACAAGUAGUGACUGAACAACCACUUGUUUAUGAAAAUGAGACCGUUGUUGUCGUGUUUGAUGGAGAUUGUAACUACGUCAAGAGCAACAAAGAUAGGGAGAACGAUUUUCGAGAGGCGGUGCAGAUGGAAGUAUCCAGUAAACUUAGGAUUCCAAGAUCGGCAAUUGUGAUGGGGAAUAUUGCAUGUGGUUCAAUUCGAGUUCCUAUGACUAUUCACCAAUCAGGUGGAUUAAAAAAUGUGGUACAAGUUUUAAAGAAAAUUGUCGACAGCGGAAACUUUAGUGUAACUCUGGGAGAAAAAAAGUUCAAGGCGAGUAAGUUGGAAGUGGUUCGUCCCACGUCACCAGUUACACAGGCCCCAACAACCGAAGCCAAGAGCAAUAAAAUUGCGUUUUAUCUUUACAUAGGAUUUGGUACCUUGAUGGCUGUUGUUUUCUUCGUCGGCAUCUGUGUGCUUAUUUUCCGAUGUCGCAAGGAUCGACGUGAGGGAAGCUUUUUCCUUACCAACGACACACAUUAUGAACUAAGGCGAUUUCAUGGUAUCCCUCGUGCGAGUUCCUACUCCAGGGUGAACUACUAUGGAGAACCUGUGGAAAUGGAUGCGACAGCUGCUGAUCCCAACGCUGAUGAUGAAUUUAAAGUUGGAGCGUAUUCUUUCAAUAGGUCACCUGCUAGAGGCCGCGGUAAACUAACUGGCACAACCAAUGGUGAUGCUCAUCAACAAGAUAAAUUUAAUGUCGGCGCAUUGGGUAUGCCAGAGUGGAACCUUCCAAGGCUGUCGGACAAUCAAAUGACUGUUGCUGAAUCUAAAGAAGACGUUUCCAGGUCAGCGGGGUCGGUUGGAAGUCGUCAACUUUUGAUAGAUAGUCAGGAGAGUUCCUUGGCUGAUUCGGCGCAGGCUUAUGAUAAUCCUGUUCUUACCUUUGGCGAUGGUCCGCAAGAGUUAAGUAAGGAAGAAAAUCAGAGCUGAUUUAGGAAGCAAGGAGUUUUUGUAUCUUCAGUUGUUUGAUUCAGCGCUUUGUUUUAUCACAAGGAAGCUGUUAAUCCUUCUGGGUCUGUGAGGCUCAGAAAGCAGCCUUUGUUCAAGAUUUCAUUUGUGCACCUAUAUGAUUGCUAGAUGAUCCUGUGAUUUAGAAAUUUAAAAGGGCGACGAAUUGUCUCCCCUGCGAAGGUGGAUUGGACACAUGUAGGUUGACCAUUUAAUAGAAAUUACAAUCAGUGAGGUGUCGUUGCUUUUACGGUAGUUAACGGCACAGUCCGCAAAACGAUUCUUAAUAAGCCAACUGAACCUAUUGUUAGUCACUUAAUCGAAACAUUACAUUUUGUUUUAAUAUAACAAUCGUGAGAUGACUUUAAAACAAAAGAUUCAGGUUGAAAUGAUUGUACUGUAUAAACAUCACUUCUUCAGUAAUUACCACCUAACUAAGGCUAAUACGAAAACAUUGUGACUUUAUUGUUAUCCAUCUGAAUGCAGAAGAAUGUUGCAUCUGUCUUUACAAUGCAUUUGAGUUGAAACCUGGGAAUAGAAUGGUUAAACGUGA